UUUCGGGCAAGAUGGUUAACUCAGGACGAAGCAAUUGCAAAAAGGGUCAAAAAUUGGAUUAAUCCCCCACCCCGGGCACAAAGUUUUCCUCCUCUCCGAACUCACCACCGCGGGACGGACGGAAGGAAGGAGGGAGACGAAGCAGAAGCUUCUCGCAGGGCGUUCCCGUUCCGCGGCGUCUGUGCGCCAUGAGCAGCAGCAAGCAGGCGCUGAUUUACAGCUUUGUGGCCAAGGGCUCCGUCGUGCUGGCGGAGCACACCGCCUUCUCCGGCAACUUCAGCACCGUCGCCGUCCAGUGCCUCCAGAAGCUGCCCCCCAACAGCACCAGAUCCACCUACUCCUGCGACGGCCACACCUUCAACUUCCUCGUCGACCGCGGCUUCGUGUUCCUAGUGGUCGCGGAUGAGGCGGCCGGGAGGAGCGUGCCCUUCGUCUUCCUAGAGAGGGUUAGGGAAGACUUCAUGCAGCGGUAUGGGUCCAGCAUCGACGAGGAGGGGCUGCACCCGCUCGCUGAUGAUGCGGACGAGGACGACUUCCUGUUCGAAGACCGCUUCAGCAUUGCCUACAACCUUGACCGUGAAUUCGGCCCGAGGUUGAAGGAUCAUAUGCAGUAUUGUGUUAACCACCCAGAGGAAAUUAACAAGCUCUCCAGGGUGAAAGCCCACCUGUCGGAAGUCAAAGGGAUCAUGAUGGAUAAUAUUGAGAAGAUAUUGGACCGUGGUGAGAAGAUUGAGCUUUUGGUGGGCAAGACUGAGACCUUACAAUCGCAGGCUGACACCUUCCACAGGCAUGGCAGAGAGCUGAGGCGAAAGAUGUGGCUUCAGAACCUAAGGUUUAAGCUGAUGGUUGGUGGAGGCAUUGCGGCUCUGAUUCUCAUCCUUUGGCUGAUGGUCUGCAGGGGAUUCAAAUGUUAGAUCGCUCAAAGUCGUUGCUCGGCCUCUUGUCUCUCUCUCUCUCUCUCUAAAGUGUUUGAUGUGUUGUUGCCCGUUUCACAUGCACAGAAUGGUCACCGAAUCGUGUUUCUGUCAUGCUGUGGGUAUUGGUAUCGUGUAGCGGAUGUUAAUUCCGUGCGCUCCUCGCCGUGUUUCAUAUGAUAAUGGUAGGCAGCUGGAGUACCUGUGAUAGAUAACUUUGUGGGAGAAGGUGAUAUGACACUAUGACCUUUAUUAUCUGUACAUUCCAAAAUGCAAGCUCUUAUUAUUUGGAAUCAGGACCUUCUGUCCUUCUUUA